UUCAAACUUCCACUCUUCAAAAUAUUAAUCAAGAGUCAACAAUAUGGCUACCAUUUCACUCAGGAAUAACCUGCAAGUAAACAACACUAACCAGCAACGUGAAAUCAUCGCUGAAGAAAUCCAUGGACUCAUAAGAGUCCACAGAGAUGGACGUGUGGAGAGGCCUCCAAUUGUGCCUAGUGUCUCCUCCACAGUGGCGUCAGAACGUGGUGUCACUGCCAAAGAUGUUAUGAUCAACAAAGAGACAAAUUCAUGGGCACGUGCGUACGUGCCACUGAUUUGUCACACCAAGGUUCCUUUGCUUGUGUACUUCCACGGUGGUGGAUUCUGCGUUGGUUCCGCUGCUUGGAGCUGUUACCAUGAGUUCUUGACCAACCUUGCUUCCAAAGCAAACUGUGUUAUUCUCUCAGUGGAGUAUCACCUAGCCCCUGAGAAUCGUCUUCCAGUAGCAUAUGAUGAUGGCUUCAACGUUCUCAUGUGGGUGAAAAGAGAAGCAAUGAAUGUGUCUAGUGUGCAAAAGUGGUGGCUGAGUCAUUGCAACCUUUCUUCUCUUUUCUUAAUUGGUGACAGUGCAGGUGCCAACAUAGCUUACAAUGUGGCCACACGCAUUGGAUCAACAUUAUCUCUCAAGGGUGUUGUGUUGAUCCAACCCUUCUUUGGAGGAGAGGAAAGAACUAGCUCUGAGAAGCAUUUCCUUCAGCCACCAAAUUCAGCACUCACUUUACCCGUUUCUGACACUUAUUGGCGUUUGGCACUUCCUCAUGGGGCCACACGUGACCACCCUUAUUGCAACCCUCUUUCUCAUGGAAUCCUGAGAGAUUUGAGGGUUUCAUCCGUUAUGGUGUGUGUUUCAGAAAUGGACAUACUGAGAGAUAGGAAUUUGGAGUUCUCAAACGCUUUGGCCAAAGCAGGGAAAAGGGUCGAGACAUUUGUGUACAAAGGCGUAGGACAUGCUUUCCAAGUGCUGCAUAAUUACCAUCUUUCCCAUUCCCGGACCCAAGAAAUGAUAUCUCAUGUCAGGAACUUUGUUAAUCACUAACUCGAUCCUGCACUGCAUGUUUGAUAUGCGUGUUGUUUUCUGUUGUUGGGAGUAUCUAUUUACAUUAAUUCGAUAGUGGCUGUAGGCUGUAGCACAUGAUCAUAACUAGGUAGAGUGGUUGUUUUGGUAUUUGUAGUUUCAAUCCGUUAUGUACAAAGAUUUACAAGAGUUUGAGAAAAUAUCUGUAACACUCAAAAAUCUGGGGUUGAUAGGCAUUUAUGUAACUCUGCAGUUUGUUUCUAGGAAUCACAACACUCGUUUUGUAACAGAAAGUUAUCUUCAUUUCAGCAUACUAAAAAAUACUAGAGUACGUUUUUGGUUUUUCUGUUAAAUAGUAAUACUCCCUCGAUCUCCCACCAUCCCAGUUACCUUUUGUUCCGAAGUAUUUUUGGUACUCUAAACAUGUUGGAUGCAUGCUCAAGCAAUGAAGAUAAUUUCAACAAGAAACAAUGACCUCUAAUGAGAAGUGGGAUCUCAACCUCCAAACAUAUGUAAAGACACUUUGGCGCCUAAGUCCCGAGGAUAAGAGAUGUGUCAAAUGAACAUUUAAUAGGUAGUUAAACAAAUACCAGGGAGAGCAUCUGCCAUGUGCCGCAUGACAAGCCCAAAUAAUAGUUACUCCUAAGUCAGUGUUAUUUUGACAAAAGUAACACCGACUCAAGGUUUUAAGCAUCUUCCGGAACACUUUUCAUCGAUAAAAGUUUUUGAUAAAUAAACUCUCUUGAUCAUAUGAGUUCUGAAAUUCAGAUAGAUAUGAUGGUGUUAUUCCUUUUUGUACCUAUAUUGUACCUAGGCUAGAGUUAAGUUCAGAAUAGUCAGGCUGAUAGCUACUUCCACGUGCAAGUUUCAAUGUAAUGGGAAAUUAAAAACGCAAUAACAGAAAUGAAAGGGAAACAGGCAAAGUACAGUGCGUGCAUGAAUAAAAGGGGUGGUCCGUGUUGUUGAAUGUUGAGUAUCUUUAUUCUUUCUUCAGACAUUAUUGUCUUUGACCAACCAUAUAUUCCAGUGAGUCCUGUAGGUG